AUGGAUUUACCAAACUUAAAGCUUGUUAAACUUAGAAAAGUUAUGUUUCCAAAGUCUUUCGUGGAUGAAUUUUAUGUUGAAGUUGAUCCUUACAAAUCUGAGAUACCUAAAAAUUAGGAUUCAAUAACUGUUAGAGAUAUAAAUUCUGCAAGAAAGAGCAAAAGAUUAUCUCGAGGUGUUUCUCAUGGAAAUUUGUAUAGUUCGGCAAGUAAAGAAAAACAAGUAAAAUCCUAAAUCUAGAUAAGAAAGGAAAUGCUUCAGAGUUUUUAAGAUGCUUAUGAGACCGAAGAUAGGUAAAUUGAGAAUUAGUAUGCAAGUCUCUCAAGUUAAAGAUAACCGUAAUUGAAUAAUUUCUAAAUAAGUAGUUCUGAUUUUAAAAGGAAAGUAAUGACGAGUGCGCAAAUUUAAAGUAGAAACCCUGAAACUCAGAGGUCUGAUCUUAAAUUUACUGUGGCAUCAACUGAUAACGUAAUGGGUACUAUAGAGUCAAAUUAGAAAUCCUAUUUCAACUAGAAUGGAUAUUAUAAAGAUGGAGUUUAAAGAGAGGUUAUAAAUGAUAAGUUAAUUUAUGAAGCAUAUAAAAAGAAAUUUUCUCUCAGAAAAGAGAAACUCUAAGCGAAAGAAGAGAAAAAUACUAUUAUGAACUACAAGAUGCUUAUUGACUAACUAGAUUCUCUUGUAGAAAGCCAUGACAAAUGCAUAGAACUAAUUAAUUAAUAAAAAGCAGACAAUAAGUAUGACAAUAGAUCAGACUAGAGGACAUUGGCUUUGUCAGAGAAAAUCAAAGACAUGAUAAAUCAAAACUUUUUUAUAGAAUUGAUAGAUCAGAUAAAAAGCAAAGUUACGAAAAAAAUUUACUCCUAAGAUGAUAUCAUUGAAGAGAUAGAAAGAGUUCAAAAGACUUCAAGGCAAACUAUCAGAAAUCUGAAAGAUCUUACUGAAAAGCUUAAAAAGAAAAAAAGAAAGAUCAAAAUACUAAGGCAUAAUAACCUAAUGUCAAACAUGAGAAUCUAAAGUCUAACAAUUGAUUUUGAUAAGAUAAAUCAAGAACUAAGAAUGGAAACGUUAUUUGAUGAUAUGGAAGAGAAAUAAAGGAACACACUAAUGUAAAUGGAUGGUAUAGCGAAAAUGCUUGAUUUCAAAGUUCAAGAGAAAAACUCUAUUUUUGUCAAAGCUGGAACUUAAACUGAAGAUGAUAUUUCAAUACUUAAAUAUGCCAGAUUCCAGAAUGAUAAAGAUCUGAAAUCAUAUAUAUCUUUCAUGCCAUAUAUUGAUCAAGACAGAUUCAUAGGAGUUUACAAACAACUUAAAAUUUCAAAGAUGACAAUGGCAGAUGAAGAUUAGUCAUAGUAUUUAGUCGGUGUAUUGCUGAACUUGAUAAGAGAGAAACUUUCUACUGAUAUUAUAAGGUAGCAUUAAUUCUAGCUCUAACCAUUUACCUCAUUUUUGGUUCAUUUUCUGAUUCAGUAAACUCAGGAUUAGGGAGAGGGAUAUAGGUAACUUACAAAAAUGCUUAGAUAAAGCUAGUUCUUUAAGGAAUCAAACAUCUAAUCUACAUUAUUCAAAGUAUUUCUAGAUAUGAUUUAGCUUCCUCAAAGUCCUAGUGAAGAACUUGUAACUCUAAGAUUUGUUAGUGAGAGUAUGAGCAGAGCAGAAGCCACACUUGGAAUGAGCUAUUUGAAAGAUAUAAAUCUGGACAAUGUAACUAUGAAUCUCAUCUACGCAUACCAUUUAGGACUUCAUUCUUUCGGAUUGUUUCUAAAAGAUAAUUAUCUAAAGGAUGAUAAAUAUGAAUAUCUUGAUAACUUGUCUGAAGGUGAGUUUUUAAUACAGUAUUUUCUUGGUAAUCUAUUGCCAAUUUUAAAAAAGAACAAAAAGAACUAUGACUUAAAAUUUAAAGAUGACUAGGUAUUUGAAUAUUAUCUCUAUGAGUAACAAAGAAUAUAGUACUAAGCAUGCUCAGACUUUUACAUGACAAAAAUUAAUAAUAAUAACUCCCAUUUAGGAGUAAACAAAGCUGCCAGUAAAUAGCCCUCUACAUAAAAUACUAACUCAAUUGGCUAAUCACCUAAGCGAAAUGAUUUUAAUUUUAAUGCUGAAAUAAUUAAUAAUAAUCCAGCCUUAGCAAAAUAAUAAAACUCUUCAAGAUAAGGCUAGAAUUUAUCAUUUAUUAAGAGCUAAGACCCUUCAAGAGGAUAAUCGUUUAAAAUUAUAAGAGAAAUGCCUCUUAAUGCAUUUAAUGGAAUUCAAGGGUCAGGCAGCAAUAAUGGAACAGGAACAUUUUAACCAAAAAAUGCAGACAUCUACAGAGAUUCAGUGAUUGAAAAUGAAUUGCUAUAAUCUAGAGCAUAAGAUACAGUACAAAAGCUAUGCGAAUUCGCAAUGAAAAAAAUAAUCCUAAAUUCAACAGAAGGUCCAAAUAUUUUCAAUAAUUACAAAGAUUUAUGUCUUGGAGGAGGCUUUAUCAGAAAGCUUAAAAAUGAAUAUACCUCGUGUCUUAAUGAGUUAUAUAGAGAUCCAAAUAUUUAGGUGUUGAACUCGUCUGAUUUCAAGACAUAUAUUAUGGAUAGAAAUUACUCACUUAUUCUGAGUGAAACUGAAAGAUAGGCUGUUAGCACCUGGUUUGGAAGUUAGUUUAAUGAGAAGAUAAGACCAUCAGGAAUAAUUACAUAUUGUAGUGAACAUUAAAUAAACAUGAAUCAAAUAUCAAAGACUUUAUUCGCUGUCAAGAACAUAUUCUUACUGAUAUAGCACAGUUUUAGAGAAUUACACCACAGAAAAAAAUGUUACUUCUCAUAGUAAUUAGAAUAAUAGAAGGCCCUAGAGCAAAAAGUAAAUUUGUUUCAAUUAGUAUCAGCAAACAUAACUGAUGAGCAGUUAAAAGUGGUAUCAAUCAAGAAUUACACAGUUUUCUUUAAACUGCUAAUUGAUUCUAAUCCACAGCUUAAGCACAAAAUACCUCUAAUUUUGAAGGCUUAUAAUCAAAUCUUGAGAUAGAUAGAAGUUACAUAAUCUACAUGGGAGGAGGACUAAAUCUAUUAUGUUGAUCCAACUAUUGAAGAAUAAAAUUUGAAUACUAAAGUGAAGUUUAAAAGCAAAGAAUGGAUUGAUAAGGAGUAUGAAAUUAUGCAUUAAGUUGUUGAGAGACUUAAACUACUUAAGAUAAAUGAUUUUAAAUAAAGCUAAAGUAGUAUUUAAAGAACAAUGCAUCCUUAAACACUAGAAGAGCUAGUAAAAAAUUCACUCUAAGUUGUAACAUCUCCAAAGAACAAAAAAUGA